AUGUCAUCUCAAAAGAGAUUCUCUGCGGACAUUGUCCAUCACGAGGAUCAGCCUGUUCAGGCUAAACGAUCAUGGAAAGGUUAUCUCUGGGACACAUGGGACCUUCCUCAGAAAGAACGAAAAUUGCUGUUCAAAGUUGACGGGUUCAUCUUGACUUUAUUCUCGGUAGGAUUUUUCAUUAAAAAUCUGGAUCAGUCCAAUGUCAAUUCCGCUUUCUUGUCAGGAAUGAAAGAAGAUUUAUCGAUGAAUGGUAAUGAAUUGGUUUAUGCUGUAUCGAUUUGGACAGCGGGAUAUAUUAUUGGUCAAAUUCCCCUUAAUCUCCUUUUGACUAGAGUCGAUCCUCGAUGGGUUAUUCCCACUGUCGAGCUAGGAUGGGGUGUUUUGACAGUUUCGACUUAUGCUAUUAAGAAUGUCAAGCAACUAUACGCUAUCAGGUUUUUUAUCGGUCUCCUCGAAGCUGGAUACUACCCCGGUCUCAACUACAUCGCGGGUUCUUGGUAUACGCAAAGGGAAUUAGGUAAACGUGCUAUGAUAUUCUGGUUAGCUGGACUUGCUGGAGAGAUGUUCAGUGGAUAUCUCCAAGCUGCAGCUUAUAAUAAUUUGAACGGUGUUCUGGGACACGCUGGAUGGAGAUGGCUGUUUGUCAUUGACGCAGUGAUUACUUUCCCAAUUGCGAUUAUUGGUUAUUUCAUUUUCCCAAGUUUGCCACUUCAAGGUAAGAAAGUAUGGUGGCUCAACGAUGAGGAAUAUGAACUUUCACGUCAACGAAUGAUCAAAGAUGGUAAAACAGGUAGAACAGCUUGGACUUGGCCUAAAUUCCGUCGUGUAAUUUUCAGUUGGCAUACUUGGGUACUUCCCGCGCUUUAUGCCAUUUGGAUGAACUCAUCAGUUCAACAACCUAUGGGAUAUUGGCUUAAGUCAUUCAACGUCAAAAAGAAUCCACCGGUACCUGGUGUCACUUUUACAGUGGCACAAAUCAACACUCUGCCAACUAUCGCCACGGCAUUAUUCAUCGUCAUGGCUCUGAUAUGGGCAUGGCUAUCUGACGGACCUUUACGCGGUCGUAGAUGGCCAUUCCUCUACGCCGGUUCUGUAUAUGUUAUAAUGAUGGCUCUUAUCCUUCGUAACAGGGAUCUAUACAGUGAUAUCACAGGAACCAAGGUUUUAUACUGGUUCGUGAGAUUAAUGAGUUGCGGUGGUCCAUUGAUCAUUACAUGGAUUAAUGAACUCACAUCCGAUGAUACCGAGAAAAGAGCAAUUAUAAUCGCUGCAGCACUUGCUUUAGCUUAUACAGUCAAUGCAAUUGCACCUAAUUUCGUUUGGAAAACUGUUGAUUUCCCACAAGCUAAAAAGGGAAUGACUUAUGCGGCCGUAAUGAGUGGAUUGCUGAUCAUAUGGACCACUUUGACUCUUGUACUUUCCAUAAGAGACGAAAGAAGGAAAGCAGCCCUUGGCACCACAUCUAAAGAAGCACCCGCAUCACCUUCUUCAGAUCAAGUAGAUAUCGAAAGUAAGAGUAUCGAAGGUGAUAACGAUUCAACUUCGGUUUCGGCUGAGGGUCCGCAUGGACAACGUGUACCGAAAUCCGGUCAUAUUUUGGUGUAA